CAACAUAAACUAACGUAGUGCGCAAUGAGCGCGCGAGAAGUCGCUCUGGUAUAAAAUUCACCGCUCAACUCAAACCUGUCCAUAAAGUAAGGCUGAAAUCAAUUAUGAGUGGAAGUUCAGCAGUGAGGAGACUGCUGCCUGUCUCAAGGAAGCAGUUGAGGAGAUCGUGGAGGUACAUCAACGCUGCAGUCUCACCAGUCCACUUCAAUAAUCCGUCACCUCUCCUGGAGGAGCAGAGUAGAGGACUGAGAGUGAGGUCAUUCCACUGCAGUGCUCCAGGUCCAGCCACUACUGGGGCUCAGGGACGACCCAGGAGUGAUCGGGACGACCUCCCAAUGUCUCUGGACCACUUCCGCAAACCUAGUCGACCUACUGCCGGGACCACUGGCCAUCAGGAGGAUGGAUGGUGUGAUGGAUACACUCUGCCUCACAUUGUGUGGAGGAGGAAUUGAACUCUGUCCAGAUCACUCACACUCCUUCCGAGAAACCUGUUGACACGGCUGCCUAUUACUCUGUGCAGAUGCUGAGGACGGGGUUUGAUCUGUUGUCUGGGUAUAUACUCGUGGGGCAAGAGGUUUGGUACACUGGAUGAGAAGAUUAUGGCUGUUAAGAAUCAUCUAUCUUGAGACAGUGGCCGGAGUACCAGGUAUGAUUGGUGCGAUGGUGCGUCACUUGAAGUCUCUGCGGCGCAUGACUCGGGACCAUGGCUGGAUACACACCUUGCUGGAGGAGGCAGAGAAUGAGAGGAUGCACCUCCUCACAGCUCUGGAGCUGAGGAGACCUGGACCUCUCUUCAAGAUUUCCGUCAUUGGAACACAGGGUGAGCCACUGAAAGAAAGUGCU